GGGGCACACUGCCCCUAGUGGGCUGCCAGCCAACUAGCCACGAGGCGGGUGAGGCAGUGACGUCAGGAGGCAGAGUUGUUAGGGGCGCGCCCUGUGACUGGCCGAGAGACGGCGCAGAGAACCGCCCACCAGCUGGGGCGCGGUAUAAAAGCCUGGCACAGGGGUUGGAGCGGAGCCAGUAACGCGCAGUGUUGGGAACAGCAGAAGCCCGUGUCUGCCGAUGAAGGCUCCGAUCCCCGUGAUACGAGUCCGCGGGACGCUCGGCUUCCACAUUGGCUGGAGAGUCCAGAGCAGGAGCCAGGGUCAGGAUCCCUGCCCCAGCUCAGCUUCACUGCUGCCACUGAAUUGGACCCAGUCAGACAGAGGAGCUGAUCCCAGUCAAUGCCUGCAGCAGCAUCUGUAGCCUGAGUGUUGCUGAGAGACAAUGGGGCCAGCACCUGGGGCUGCUGAGAGCAAAGAGCUGCUGCAGGAGAAUGAUAAUAGUGAUGGACACCUGGAGACUGAAUGGAAGCCAGAACCUCGUUGUAACUGCAGGACACACAAAGCACGUACCAUCAUCGUAGCUGUCGUCCUCACAUCCGUGUUCUUGGUUCUGAUUGCUGUCAUUGCUCAUCUGGCAGUGCUGAGACCUAAGCUUCAGUCAACUGAUCUGGGGCCCCCUGCUGUGCCCUGGUGCCCGGACGGCUGGGUCAGGUACCGAGGGAAAUGCUACUAUUUCUCUGAGACUGAAGGGAACUGGAACUACAGCCGGAGCAACUGCUCCUCCCUCGGUGCCUCCCUGGCUGGGAUCGACAGUGAGCAGGACAGGAUGUUCCUGCUGUGCUAUAAGGGUGUCCAUGACCACUGGAUCGGCCUCCGGAGGGAGCAGGGGCAGCCCUGGAAAUGGACCAAUGGCACCGAAUUCAACCGCCUGUUUCGGAUAAGAGGAGGCAGUGACUGCGCGUAUCUGAACGACAAGAAAGGGGUCAGCAGCUCACGGUGCUCCAUGGAAAGACGGUGGAUCUGUAGCAACCCUGAGGUGUAUGUGAUGGGCAAAGGGACUGCACUGGAAGGGAGCUCAAAAUAAGCCUCCUAGAAAUGACACUGAUACAACUCGUACCUACUUGAAUGAACCGUGUCCCCAUUCAUCAGCCUGGCCAAGAUCUCAAAAUCAGGCAGUGGGGCCCUCAAGCGAUAAGUGUGUCAUUUAAACUGUGGAUUCUUUGUAUGUGCCUUCUGCUUCUGAACCUUUACACUCAGACACAUUGUCAAGCUUUUCUGUGCAGCUGAGAGGGCGAGAUCUUAUGAGAAGGAGUCUCAGCCACACACUGGGGAAGUAAGGGAAGGGGAGGCCUUGUUAGCUUAGACUCCAGAACAGCGUUUCUCAAAUGUGGCCACCAGCCGAUUGUUUUGUAGCCACAAGAGCCUCCGAAGUGCCCCAACAAUUGCUGAGAUAAGCAGCUAUUGGCAGUCAUAGUUGGCAAGAUCACUGUGUGGUGUUUGGGUAGGUUGCGAUUGUUCCUGGCAGCAGGUGAAAGUUAAAAAUGCAAAUGGAGACCAAAAUAUUUCAGAUAAUCCAGUGCCAGAAAAUGACCCUGAAUGUGAUGGACUGUCCCAGAUGAGCCACCUGCUUCUAAUAAAAGCAAAACAAGGGGAUGGGGGAGGGGGGCAGAGAACACUUCAGCACUGGCGGAAAGGUAGUUUCUGGUAUUUCUGAAGCCGUCCGAUUCCGUUUCUGAGCAAGUUGCAGAGUGCACUCUUUGUAAGAGAAAUUCAUCACAUUGAAAUGUAGGUAGUGCAGCGUCCCUAUAGCACUCAUGCAGGGGAAGUUGAACAAAAUUAUCACGGUGAGUUUCAAAGGCCCAAACUGUUACAUGAUGCAAAAACUGAGCUCAAAAGUCAACAGCAACAGCUCAGAUUUUGUUACUAUUAUUAUUACUAGCUUGGAUUAAUUUUUGUCUGUGAAAGAAAUUUUGGACCUUGGCAGAUACGUUCUUUGAUUAUUAUUUGGACUUCUCUUACGUAAAUAUUUUUUUAAUUUAGUUCAGAAUGGUACAAACCAUCCACCUAUUUACCAAAAAAGCAAAACAACAGAAAAGACCAGAAUGUGCAAGGCACUUUUUUGUGUUUAGGCCCAGUAAAGAAUAGACACAACUCUCCCUUACAUUUACUAUUGAAUCUGCAAAAUACCCUACGGGAAUAUGCACAGGUGAUUUAUUUAUGUUUGUCCUACGGUUAAUUACUGUCAGAGCCACAUUCUGAGGUUGCCAAAAUUUUGUGAGAUCCCUGGCUCUAGAAAGUGUUAUGGUUUAGUUUUCUAUGUAACUAAGGUGGCCAAAUAGCAAGUGGGGGGUAAUAGAAGCCUAUAUAAGAGAGAGAUUCCCCAAGUUGGGACUUUCCCUAUAAAAUCAGGACAUCUGGUACAUCCCUAUAUGUAAUCAUUAAUUUCCAGUAUUUAUUCACUCUCGCUUCUCUAAUCUCUGAUAAACUCCUAAAUCUACAUAUAUAUAGAAAACAAGACUAAGUGCUGUGUUUUAAAUAGUGUGGUUGCCCUGAAUUGAAUCUGACAAACUGCUGUGGACUGCAGCUGUGGGAAGAGGGAGUCAGUUCUGUGCAUGCUCAGUGGAACGGGCUGAGCACUCCAGGGGGACACUCAGAGGCUUGG